AUGAAAGUAAAUAAGGAAAGGAAAGGUGUACAACGUGGGGCAAAGAAGAAAAAAAGUAAUACGGAACAAAAAGCUGAUGCUGAGACACAUGUUAAACUGAACAGUGAUGGGAAAAUGUCCAGAGGUGAUGUUAACAUUAGUUCACAGCUCAAACAACCCAUUCUACCUUCUAGUGGGGAACCGUUACUAGAUGUUCCAGAAAUUAUAAAGUGGAUGUUUUUCAAUGGAUGUUCUUCAAAGCAGGGGAUUGAGCAAAGCUCCACUUUAAAGCAAGCUAAAAAUCAGAAAACUACAAUGACAACUAUGGACACCGCUGGUAGAUCUCUUCUCAAACAUGGUCAACGGAAACAACAACCAUUGACAGCUGGAAGUCCAAUCCAUGUGGGAAGAUCUGCUCAAAUACAACAUUCUACUUUAAAGCAAGCACAAAACCAAAAAACAACUAUGACUACUACAGACACUGCUGGGAGAUCCAUUCUCCAGCAUGGUAAACGGAAACAGCAACUGUUUACAGCUGGAAGUUCAAUCCACGCGGCAGGAUCUGCUCAAAUACAUAAUAACAAGCAAGAUCACAUGCCAGAGAUAAAGAAGCCCAGAGAUGAUGUUUACAUUAGUCCACAACUCAAACGCCCCAUGCCACCUUCUAGUGUAGAACCGUUAGUAGAUGUUCCAGACAGUAUAAAGUCUAAUGCUGAAUUGUAUCGAGGCAAGUUGAGAAGUUUUAAAACAACGAAUAGAAGCAUACAAGAUCUUCCGAAGCAGGGGAUGGAGCAAAGUUCUACUUUAGAGCAAGCAAAAAAUCAGAAAACAAUGAGGAGUACUAUGAACACUGCUGGGAGAUCCAUUCUCAAACAGGAUCAAAGGAAACAACAAUCAUUGACAACUAGAAAUUCGUUCCCAGUGGUAGGAUCUGCUCAAAUGCAACAUUCUACUUUGAAGCAAGCAAAAACUCAGAAAACAAUGAAGACUACUAUAGAAACUGCUGGGAGAUCCAUUCCCAAUCAUGGUAAAAGGAAACAGCAAUCAUUUACAGCUGGUACUUCAAGCCAAGUGGCAGGAUCUGCUCAAAUACAACAUAACAAGCAUGUUAGCAAGCCAGUGGGCCGCUCUAUGUUCGGGGGAAGCACCGGUUCUUCUGCUCAACCCCCAAAGGACCUUGUUGAUCAUGGAUCAUCCACUAAGCAGAAGACUACCCGAAAGUGUCCAUCAAUGUCACUGGAUGAUUAUUUUAAAAGGAAUGAGCAACAACUUGAAGUUGACAAGGGUAUUAACUGUGAAAAUAAUGAUGGUGAUGUUCAGGAUGAUAUUUCCUAUGAAAGUGAUGAUGGCAAGAAAACUAAUGAUGAUCCAAUAGAAGAGGACCACAGUCAUUUUGGUGGAUUAAGCAAUCAAUCUUCUGCUCAGUUCCAAAAGGACCAUAUUGAUCAUGGACCAUUCAAGAAGCAAAAGACUACUCGAAUGUGUCCAUCAAUGUCACUUGAUGAUUAUUUCAAAAUAUAUAAGCCACAACUUGAAGUUGAGGGUGAUAUUAACUAUGAAAAUAGUGAUGGUGAUGUUGAGGGUGAUAUUAACUAUGGAAAUGAUGGCGGUGAGAAAACUAAUAACAAUCCAAUGGAAGGCGAAGCAUCAAAAAAAGGGAAAAGAGGAAGGACACGGUGCUUGGAAAUUCAUGCCCGGUCACUUGCUGAAAGACAAAAAAUCACCUUAAAUGAAGAAGGAGAGCCCAUUGGACCAACUCAAAAGAUAGUUUCUGAAUUCAGCAAUUUUUUGGGAUCAGUAGCAAGGAUGUCAGAUUUAUGUCCUCUUACUUACACUAAUUGGAAGGCUAUACCAAACAAGAAGGAGAACAUAUGGGCUUAUGUCAAUAAAAAAUACAUUGUUCCAGAAAAAGGAGAGAAGGUUGUGUAUGCUAUCAUAAAUGAUGCUUGGAGGCGGUACAAAUGUUCUAUUAAAAGAAAUCAUUUCACUAAGUAUGAAAACUUGUGUGAUCGGCUGAAAAACCGUCCAGCUAACAUACCAGAAGCACACUUUAGGAAAUUAAUGAAUUAUUGGAGUUGUGAAAUCGUUCAAAAAAUUAGUCAUCAAAAUGCUAACAUUACAGCUCAACAAAAAUGUAGACAUCGAGCAGGUCCCAUAAGCUUUGCUAUCAUCAGGGAAAAACUGCGUGCAGCCAAGGAUGAUAGAGAGCCCCCUAGUCAAGCUGAGGUUUUUAUUGAAACACGACAAAGCAAGAGAGGAAAUCAGCUAGACCAAGUUACAAGUAACACAAUCACAAAUCUUAAAGAUUUGAUCAUAAAUUCUGGUCAGCCUUCUGAUGAGGCAUUUCGAACUGUCUUCGGCAAAGAAAAACCAGGAAGAGUGCGCUGCCAUGGAAGAGUUACAACACCUUCUCUCUUGAAAAGAAAUAAAGAAAUUUCAGAAAUUGAAAUGAAGCAUGCUGCUGAAGUUAAACAUUUAACUGAAAAGGUUCAAGAAAUGAGGGUAAAACAUGAAAUGUUGGAGACUAAACAUAGUGAAGAGAUGGCAGCAAUAGAGGGAAAAUUGGAAGUUCUUCUAAGGCUCAUGCUAAACCAAAGCAACUCAGGCCAUGAUAUGGGGGAUUUGGUAGCUUUGUUAACCCUAAAUGAAAAUAACAAUGCUCUGUAUUCAUCUGCAUCUGCACACACCCUAAAUAAUCACGAGGUAAAUCAUAACGCUACGGGGGAAGAACAGUCAAAUGAUGACUUGGAAGAAGAAGAUGAUGAACAAUUGUACGAUGAUGACUUGGAAGAAGAAGAUGAUGAACAAUUGUACGAUGAUGACUUGGAAGAAGAUGAUGAACAAUUGUACGACGAUGACUUGGAAGAAGAAGAAGAUGAAGAACAAUUAUACGAUGACUCGGAAGAAGAUGAAGACUAUACAGACUGA